CACGUGGAGACUGAACAGCCAAUCACAGGAGAGCACGCUGGAUCUCCAUAGCAACCAGGAUUGUUUGAUGUUUGUUUCCAUCUGAAGAGAAGAAGCUUCAAAGUGUCGCGAUGGCGGGGACGUCGAGACACGACCGAGAGAUGUCCCUGGAGGCGAAGCGGCAGCUGUCGGUGACCUCUGACCCGGUGGAGCGGCUGCGGCUCCAGUGUCUGUGCAGAGGGUCGUCAGGUAUCAAAGGGCUGGGCAGAACCUUUAAGAUAAUGGAUGACGACAGCAACCGCUCGCUGGACCUGAAGGAGUUCCUGAAGGGUCUGAAUGACUACGGGAUCCCGAUGGAGAAGCAGGAGGCCACGGCUCUCUUCCAGCUCUUCGACCGCGAUCGCAACGGGACCAUCGACUUCGACGAGUUCCUGGUGACUCUGAGGCCGCAGAUGUCCAAAGCCAGGAAGGAGGUGGUCAUGGAGGCCUUCCGGAAGCUGGAUAAGACGUCGGACGGGGUGAUCACCAUUGAGGACCUGCGGGGGGUCUACAACGCCCAGUACCACCCCAAGUACCGCAACGGGGAGUGGACCGAGGACCAGGUCUUCAGGAAGUUCCUGGACAGCUUUGACUCUCCGUACGACAAAGAUGGAAAGGUGACCAAAGAAGAGUUUGUUAACUAUUACUGCGGCGUCAGCGCCUCCAUCGACAGCGACGCGUACUUCAUCCUGAUGAUGACCAACGCCUGGAAGCUCUGAGCACAUGAAGCGUCUUCAUGGAGACAAACGUGGUGAAUCUUCUUCAUGUGGAGCUCAGAUACUCUCCAGCUGUAAUAAACUCUCUGCUUUUAAGAAAUCAUUCCUCUGAAUUAUUGCCGUGUUUUAAACAGUAACUUUCUGCAGCUUGUUGUAAGAAGUGGGGCGUUGUGGUGCAGGAGUAGAGACGGAGCGCUGGGAACCGCAAGGUUGGUGGUUUGAGCCCCGGCUGCCUCAUGUCCCUGAGCAAGACACCUGACCCCUAAUUGCUAAAACGCCACGGGUAAAACUGUGAUGUACGUCGCGUUGGAUAAAAGCGUCAGCUGAAUGACCUGUGAUGUAAGAAGAUGAACAUGUGUUGUAGUUAAAAAAAUCAGGGUUCUUAACUAUUUAACUUUAUUGUUUGUUAAAAUAAACCCAUUGAUUAAG